AUGGCUAGUUCGAAUUUCUCUGAGCAAACACUUACAUUGGACAACAUGUGCUGGGGAUAUGAACUGGCCAUUCUCUUCGAACAAGAUCGUUUGAUGAAGUUCUGUGAACAGAAAAUCAGCGAGAACCCGAAAGAAAUAUUCAAGUCGAAUGGCUUUCUGACAUGUGGAUCAAAUGUCUUGGCUCGCAUCCUACAGUUGGAAUCACUGAACUGUGAUGAAUCGGUGGUGUUCGAUGGAUGUGUGGCAUGGGCUAAAGCUGCCUGCAUUCAGAAGGGAUUGGACGAAACGAAUAUGCAGAAUCUACGCAAUCAGUUGGGUGACCUGUUCUACGAGAUCCGUUUUGGCGAUAUGACGGCCGAAAAAUUCUUCAUGCGUUAUCGUGCAUAUGAAAAAAUGUUUUCAACAGAGGAGUGCAAAGAUAUCUUCGGAAUGAUCGCAUCAAUGGAUUAUCAACCACCGAAAUUCAAUCGGAAUGCACGCAUGGCG